AUGCCAAUAACAACACAAGUCCAGCCAGUCAGUGUCGAUCGCUCGAUAUACCGUUCGAGUAUCCGAUUCGAGGCAGCCGAGUCUCGCGUCCGCUCGUCGAUCCAGAAGGAUCCCCCGAGGUCGCAAUUCCAAGACAAGCCACUUUCCCGGCCUGCGGACAGAGAGUCGUUCGAAUUUUCCAUCACGUCUCAGGUCGGCCCUCACGGUUUCAUGUAUUUCAAUGAAUACAACCAUGGUAGCUGGGUUCCUCUGUACGACCCGCAUACAAUAAAGUUCCAGGUUGCUAAUGGGGACACGAAGAAUCGGAGAGCCAUCAGAUUCAUCUUGGGCAAUCCACUGAUAGCAAUCACAAUGCUACGGCACGAUCUGGAUGCCGGCCUGUCCGUCCCCGUCGAGCUAUACCUUGUAGAGGAGGGCGAGGGCACGAGGAUCGUGUGGUUUAGGCCGAGUGGUCUCGUCGCUGGACAUGGAAGCGCAAAGGCUGAGUUGGUGCAAGCGGCCGAAGCAUUGGACGCGAAGCUCGAGAAGUUUGUCAGGUGGGUUCUAAGUGAGAGCCCCGAAAGUCAGGCGUAG